ACCUUAAUAAUAUACCAAGAAAUCGAACUUUGUUCCACCCACGUCACGUACACAGUGAAAUUGUCAAAAGCUUUCUAGACAGUGCUCUAGUUUGCAGUGUGCCAAGAUGAUUGAGCUUAUUAUCGAGAUAAUCAAAGUGUCCUUUAUUCUGCAAGUUCAGAUAUUUACAGCUUGCUUGAAGUUCUUUUUUCCUGGAAAACCGAAAGAUGUUUCCAACGAGGUCGUUCUCAUUACAGGCGCUGGCAGUGGAAUCGGGAGAUUGAUGGCCUUCAGGUUUGCAAAGUUGGGAGCCACAGUUGUUUGUUCUGACAUAAACAGCUCUGCAAAUCAGAAAACUGUUGAGGAGAUUGAAGAGCAAAAUGGAAAAGCAUAUGGCAUUGUUUUUGACUGCAGCAAUCGUGAGGAGGUGUAUGAAGCAGCUGAUAAAAUCAGACAGGCUGUUGGUAAAGUGACAAUUUUGGUCAACAAUGCUGGUAUUGUGACUGGAAAAAAAUUUUUGCAGACUCCAGAUGACCUUGCUCAAAAAACUUUUGAAGUCAACACAUUGGCACACUUUUGGACAACAAAGGCAUUUCUUCCAGCCAUGAUGGAAAUGGAUCAUGGUCAUAUUGUAUCAAUUGCUUCAGCUGCAGGAUUGUCUGGGGUUAAUGGCCUGCUUGACUACUGUGCAUCAAAAUUUGGAGCUGUUGGAUUUCAAGAAUCUUUGCAUUUGGAACUUAAGGCAUUGAAUUCAAAUGUUCAGACCACUGUGGUUUGCCCAUAUUUUAUCAACACAGGAAUGUUUGAUGGAGCACAAACCAGAUUUCCAUGGUUGUUGCCGAUAAUGGAACCUGAAUUUGUUGUUGACAAGAUUAUUGAUGCAGUGUUACACAACCAAGAAUUUCUUCUUCUUCCAAGAUUCUUGCAUUUGGCAGCCUUGAUUAGAUGCUUGGUCCCUUAUCCCUCCUAUGUUUUGCUGUGUGACUUUUUCGGAUUUUCAAAGACCAUGGAUCAGUUUGUUGGCAGAAAGAAAGAAGAUUAGAGGCUGCCUUUUGAGAUAUGUUUAGGAACAUACAUUUGAUAUCUUAUUGAAGUUUAUCUUUGACAACAUGCUAAGAUAAGUUCACUGCCGAAACAUUUGCAUUCCAAUUCAACAAUAUCUAUACUCCUUUUUUAGCUUCUAAGAAUUUAAAAUAUGACAUCAGAGUGAAUUCAUGGUUAAAAGAACUUAAGAAAUGCUUGAAUUUUUCCUCAAUGAUUUUAGAUUCACAGGAGUCAAAAAUGCUACUUUUUUACUUUUGUAUGUAGACCUCCAUGGUUCUAAAUUCUGAGUUUCACAUUUAAUGCAAUUACUAGGCAACUUUUCAGUAAGAUAGUUAUUCUGGGUUCUGGAAAAAUCCUUUGGCUUUCUUGUUUAUCUUUCCGAAAGACCAUCAGAAUAUAUCCUCUAGCUUUGAUUUGCUUGACUGCUGCUUUAAUUACAUUUACUUCAGGUAGUUGAACAAUUAUUAAAUGUGUUAAGGGUUUUUAGUUUCGUUACUUUUUUUACUAAUCGGCUGUCUUAUUGAUUAAAAUGAAUAGUGUCA